AAAUUGCCUGCGGGAGAGAAAAUGCAGAACGGCGGCGGGACCCCCCGCUUUCCCCGAGGCCGCAGCCAAGCCGAGCCGCCCCACGGCUCCAGGAAACAACCGAGCGGCUCCUGCUCUCGCCGCGGCCUAGUUAGCCCCUCCUCCCCUGCUGCUUCGUCUUCUCCGCCUUUCGCCUAAAAAAACCAACAACACACAAAAAACCACGCCAUAUAUCCGGGAUAAGCGAGGCAUGCUCUUUGCUCAGCAAUGCUUCAGCUACCUUGGCACUAGAACAUCACUACUGAAGAUUACUUACCCUUUGAGAUACUUCAGGGUUUCAUCCUCUCCUACCAUGACCUUCAAGCACAAAAAUGCAAAACGAAUUGAAGGGCUGGAUAGCAAUGUGUGGGUGGAAUUUACAAAAGUUGCUGCAGAUCCCUCAAUUGUUAAUCUGGGACAAGGACUUCCAGAUAUAUCUCCUCCUAACUAUGUUAAAGAAGCAUUAGCCAAAGCAUCCUCUGUGGAUAUGCUGAACCAGUACACCCGGGGUUUUGGACAUCCUUCGUUGGUGAAAGUCUUGUCCCAAGUGUAUGAAAAAGUUUGUGGAAGAAAGAUUGAUCCAUACACUGAUAUCCUGGUGACAGUAGGGGGAUAUGGAUCUCUGUUCAGUGCAGUGCAGGGACUCGUUGAAGUAGAAGAUGAAGUGAUAAUAAUAGAACCCUUCUUUGACUGUUAUGAGCCAAUGGUGAGGAUGGCAGGAGCCAAGCCUGUUUUUAUACCCUUGAGAUACAGACCUGCAGCUGGAGAGACUGCAUCUAGUGCGGACUGGGUCUUGGAUCCUGCUGAACUUGCAAGUAAAUUUAAUUGCAAGACGAAAGCUAUUAUAUUGAAUAACCCUCACAAUCCUAUAGGAAAGGUCUAUACGAAAGAAGAGCUCCAGAUAAUUGCUGAUCUCUGUAUUAAAUACGACACCCUGUGCAUCAGUGAUGAAGUAUAUGAAUGGCUGGUAUACACUGGCAAUAAACACAUUAAGAUAGCUACUUUGCCUGGAAUGUGGGAAAGAACAGUAACUGUAGGAAGUGCUGGGAAAACAUACAGUGUAACUGGUUGGAAGCUUGGCUGGUCUGUUGGUCCCCAACAUCUGAUAAAGCAUUUGCAGGUGGUUCAACAAAAUACACUCUAUACAUGCCCAACUCCGUUACAGGAAGCUGUGGCACAAGCCUUUUUGAUAGACUUGAAGCGCAUGGAUGACCCAGAGUGCUACUUCUAUUCUUUGCCUAGAGAGCUGGAAGACAAACGGAACCGAAUGGCUCGCAUGCUCCUGGGAGUUGGGCUGAAACCUGUUGUUCCAGAGGGAGGAUACUUUAUGAUUGUCGACGUGUCUACAUUAAAUGUAGAUCUGUCUGACAUGGAAAAAGAUAAACCUUAUGAUUAUAAAUUUGUUAAAUGGAUGAUAAAAUCUAAGAAACUGUCAGCUAUUCCUCUCACCUCCUUUUGCGGCCCUGAGACCAAAGAACAGUUUGAAAAGUACAUACGGUUUUGCUUCAUCAAAAAAGACAGCACAUUGGAUGCAGCAGAAGUGAUCCUGAAGAACUGGAAGAAACAUUGACCCAGAACUUAACCUCUUCUGCCAUUUCUAAAAAUAUAUGCUCAGUCAUACAUUUAUAACUAGACCUAGAAUUUCACAUUUCAGGUUACGCUUUCUAAAUUGCACUGUGCUGCCAUCUGCUGGAUAUUUAAUAUUAAUCAUGUGAUCCAAAAUACUAGUUUUGACAUUGUAAAAAUUAUAGUCUGCUUUCCAAAAUAUUCAGUGGAAACCUUUUCCAGCAAUCUUCUUUUCUUCUUUCCUAAACACACUGAAGUAAAAUUUGUGCAGGCUACAUCCA